UUCAUAAUGGCACUGUUGGGGUGAGCACUGCUAUGGACAUACAUCAUGGCUGAAGAUGCUGAACGCAUUCCCAUCUGUUCCUGCUUCUUUACAUCCUCUCAUGUAGUCGUGGGGAAGAAAUGAAAACAGAAAAGGGCAGAGUGGUUGGAUGACAUAAGAAGAGUUAAUUAACGGGGAUCAUGUGCUGACAAAACUUCUGCAUGAGGACAAAAUCUGGACAAAGAUGCUUCUUUUGCCUCUAUACGGUCCCUGAGGGAAUAGGUAUGGCCUCACAAGUCUUGGUCUAUCCAUCAUAUAUUUAUCAAACUCAGCCAAGUGCCUUUUCUAAUGUGAAGAAACUGAAAGUGGAGCCAAGUAGUUGUGUAUAUCAUGAAAGAGCCUACCCACAGCUCUAUUUGAAUGGUAACAAUUUUGGAAUCACUCAGCCUCCCAGUAGGGGUGGUACUUUCUUGCAAGCUACAAAUAUAUUUGACAGACCUCAAAGAGAGACUUUUUUGUUGCAGACCAGCACUGUUGGUUUAAAAACUAUUGCAGGUGCUACAAAAAUCUUAGCAGUGCAGGCACAGCAACCUCAAGUGGAAGCACCUUGGUCUGGGACACAGGAAAGUGAGUUGACCAUCUUGGACCGUCCCCAGCAAUGUGGAUUAAAGCGUAAGAGUGAAGAGUUAGAAAACCAGAGUGGCGCAAUGCAGAUUGUUGAUGAACUGCCUAUAUUGCCUGCUAUGUUGCAAACAAACUUGGGGAACCCAAUGACAGUUAUGACAACUACUGCAGCUUCAAAACCAAAUGGUACCGGUGGUGAUGGAGAUUAUCAGUUAGUGCAGCAUGAGGUAUUAUGUUCUGCGAAAAAUACUUAUGAGGUUCUUGAUUUCCUUGGGCGAGGGACUUUUGGUCAAGUCGUAAAGUGCUGGAAAAGAGGGACAAAUGAAAUAGUGGCAAUCAAAAUCCUGAAGAACCACCCAUCUUACGCACGCCAAGGACAAAUAGAAGUGAGCAUAUUAGGAAGAUUAAGUACAGAGAAUGCCGACGAGUUUAAUUUUGUGAAAGCCUAUGAGUGCUUUCAACAUCAUAACCAUACUUGCUUAGUUUUUGAGAUGUUGGAACAGAAUUUGUAUGACUUUCUGAAACAAAACAAAUUUAGCCCUCUUCAGCUAAGGGUAAUUCGGCCUAUUCUGCAACAGGUGGCCACUGCACUGAAAAAACUAAAAAGUCUUGGUUUAAUACAUGCUGACCUCAAACCAGAAAAUAUUAUGUUGGUGGAUCCAGCACGGCAGCCUUACCGAGUUAAGGUAAUUGACUUUGGAUCUGCUAGUCAUGUAUCAAAGACAGUCUGUUCAACAUACUUGCAAUCUCGCUAUUACAGAUGUCGCCACCACCAGGAAGGAUCUGCUUCUGCUGCCCAUAAGAAACUGUGCCAAGCGCCUCCAAUGCCUCCAGGCCUCACCGACAUCACCAGCUCCAGUGUUGCCAGCGUUCCACUAGCCACCAAACAGCUGAUCGACAUGCCAGGUAUUACUUUGCGGCCUGUGAUAAUUUUAAAUUUAUCAGUGUGGCCCUUUUUCAUCCACAAGUUGUGCAGGCCUGAUCUAUUCAAUACCCAAUCUAUAUUCGCUGGUAAAAGCGAGGUAGUACAACUAGUUCUUGGGAUGGUCUGAGGGAGUGCAUAUUGUAACAAGAACUGGUAAUCUCUAGUAACCCUAGGAAGGCUAACUGACAAGUCAUUUUUCCCUCUCUUUCUGUCUCAAAAUAGAUCUACCAGAAUUCCACAUGUUAUUUAUACAGUAUGGAGGUCAAAUAAGCAUAAUCAGCAACAGAGGCGCAAACACCCUCAGAAAUCUUCAUAGCAAUAAACUAGUUGCAUUAGCUUUUGUCCCCCCCCCUCCCCCUUCAAAUCUUUUGUAUGAGAAUAGGAAAUUGUGAUUUAAAUUUUACAAGCAAGCUAUCACAGAAAAGAAUUAUCUCAGUUGGGGCUUCCAGUCUAUGGAAGGUUCAUAGGGAAAAAUAUGUCCCUCAAAAGGAGCUUUCUAUCUAAAGCUAAGAUAGCUUGUUGGCUUUAGAAGUUUAGAAGAUCACCAGUGGUGGCAAUACUCUCAUGGGAUGUAAAGAAUCAUCGUUUAUGCUGAAAUUUAACUAUACUAUUUUGUGAUCGUAAAUUCUAGUCUUACAUUAUAUUUAAUUAAUUAAUUUCUCUACGCCAUCUCACCCUAGUGACAUUGGGCAAUUUAAAAAAUAAUUAUAUAAUUUAAAACUAUUGAUAAAAAAUUUGGAUUUCAGUUUAGUAGGUAAACUAGAGUUACAUGACUCUUGAGCAUGGAUGGAAACAAUUUUAGGCCUGAACUAGCAGAGGAAUUUCAUGAUAACAUUUUGUAAUAAGCAUAUAGAAUAAGAAAAAAGCCUUGAUAGUUGUUUUCUUGAAAGGAUUAAUUAAUACUAUCUCAGCAUGGAGUUUAACCAUCAAUAGUGUACAGGUAGUUCUCGACUUAGAACAGUUUGUU